UUACAGAGCUGAGCAGUUGGGAGUAGCAACAUCAUGAACCGUGCUUUCAGCAGGAAGAAAGACAAAACAUGGAUGCAUAUGCCUGAAGCCUUAUCAAAACAUUAUGUUCCCUAUAAUGCAAAGUUUCUUGGCAGUACUGAAGUGGAGCAGCCAAAGGGAACAGAAGUUGUGAGAGAUGCUGUCAGGAAGCUGAAGCUGAUAUUUAAGAAAAUAUUUGCAAGACACAUCAAAAAAUCUGAAGGCCAGAAGAUUCCUAAAGUUGAAUUGCAAAUAUCAAUUUAUGGAGUGAAAAUUCUCGAACCCAAAACAAAGGAAGUUCAACACAACUGCCAGCUUCAUAGAAUAUCAUUUUGCGCAGAUGAUAAAACCGACAAGAGGAUUUUUACCUUCAUAUGCAAAGAUUCCGAGUCAAACAAACAUUUGUGUUUUGUGUUUGACAGCGAAAAGUGUGCUGAAGAAAUUACAUUAACAAUUGGCCAAGCAUUUGACUUAGCAUACAGGAAAUUUCUAGAAUCUGGAGGAAAAGAUGUGGAAACAAGAAAACAGAUUGCUGGAAUGCAGAAAAGAAGCAGCAGAGGCAGCAGAUGCUGGAUCCAAGACUUAGAAACAGAAAAUAUGGAACUUAAAAAUAAAGUACAAGAUUUAGAAAACCGGUUGAGAACAACUCAAGUGUCCUCGACUCCAGCUGGUGGUGUGACAGUGACUUCUCCUUCCACUGACAUCUUUGACAUGAUUCCAUUUUCCCCAAUAUCACACCAGUCUCCAACAUCUGCUGGCAAUGGCACACAACUACCACCCAUACCUAGCCGAUCUUCAGAGAUCAAACGGGACCUUUUUGGAGCUGAACCUUUUGACCCAUUUAACUGUGGAGCAGGGGACUUUCCUCCUGAUAUUCAGUCCAAAUUGGAUGAGAUGCAGCGCCAGAGAUGGAGGGGUUCAAAAUGGGACUAACUCUUGAAGGAACAGUAUUUUGUCUCGACCCAUUAGACAGCAGGUGCUGACAUCACAAAUGAGUGAUCCUGACAUACUUAUUUUGUUUAUAUACAUAUAUAUCAUUCAUUAUUUUAAGACAGCUAUUAUACUUGUGCC